AUGUACAAGGCCAGAUUGCCUGAUCACAAACAGGUUGCCGUGAGGAACGCAAACUACUCUGCAGUCAUCCCCCAUCAGGGCGACUACGUGGAAGGUCUCCUGGUCGACGGGCUCUCAGACCAAGACCUCCGGCAUAUGGACUACUUUGAAGGCUACGAGUUCGCUUCCGUUCCUGUAAAAGUACAGCUUCUUGACCCAAUUGACAUACGCCACAGCGACCAACACAGUGGAAGAACGGAGGUCAGCAGUAAACCCUUCAAAGCCGGUCUUUGUUACAUAUGGAACGACUCUUACGACCGCCUGGAGUUGUAG